GAGACUACUAGCCCAUUACAAGCAUGGAUCAGGCUGCUGCAAAGAAGACGUUGCAAGAACUAAUUAAACGCGAUGACCUAGACAACAAGGUCUGUGUGGAUUGUGCCAGCCCCAACCCUCAGUGGGCUUCUGUCAGCUUCGCAAUCCUUCUCUGCUUGCAAUGCGCAGGCGUACACAGGGGUUUCGGGGUUCACGUCAGCUUUGUGAGAUCAGUCUCGAUGGACGUUUGGCAGCCAGAACAAAUCAAACGCAUGCAGCUGGGAGGAAACAAGCCGUUUAAACAAUUCAUGCAGUCAUACACGCCCGCUGACCAGGGAGGGUACAAGGAAGGAAUGAGCUCCUCUGAUCAAUAUCACUGCUGGGCCGCCGCGCAGUACCGCCAAAAAUUGGAUGCCAUGUUGGCCGAUAAGCCGUGGAGUUCGUCGCCCCCUCCGGCAGACUUCUCUCAUCCAGGUAGCGGUGCCUCCACUCCUGGGCGGCCUUCCUCUGCUCAGGGGCUCAGAAAGUCUCGUGCCUCAGCACGAAACGCGGCAGGCAGCUCCCUCCGCGAGCAAUCCGGGUCCCCAGCCUCUUUUGAAGCGUCCCCCCGCGGAACGCCAGAUUUAUCCAAGACCGACCAAAAGUCAGCGAACGAAGCUUACUUUGCCAACAUGGGGCAGACGAACGCCUCCAGGCCCGUAGAUCUUCCGCCAUCUCAAGGGGGUCGAUACCAAGGUUUCGGUAACAGUCCAUCUCCCCCGCCAGCGUCCCAACAUCCUUCCUUCGGCCUUUCUUCUAUGGCUGCACCAAGCCUGUCGGACUUCCAAGAGGAUCCCGCCGCUGCAUUGAGCAAAGGAUGGUCUUUACUCUCAGCGGCGGUCACAGGUGCCUCUCGCGUGGUUUCCGAAAAUGUGCUGCAGCCUGGGAUGGAACGUGCCAUGGAUCCUUCUUUGCACGCGAGCAUGCGCGGCUAUAUCUCCGAGGCUGGACGUUUCGCAAAUGGCGCCGGCCGUUUUGCCAACGAUUGGUCCAAGAGUCAGUUGGGUGUGGACGUCGCCGACCACGUGGGAGGUGUGAUGGGUUCGGUGAGAGAUCGUGUGGGAGGGAGUCAUCAGGAGGCAGGCUACACCUCGCUGGGCCACGGAGAAAGCCCAGCUACAUACCACGACGAUACGGAUUCGUUCUUUUCGGAGUAUACCGAUCAGCGUCGUUCCGAGCCUCAGUCAAGCACACCCCAACCCAGCAAAGCACCUGCGCCCAGCACACAGGCUAAGAAGGAUGACGGCUGGGAUGACUGGGAAGACUUCUAGAGUGUAUACCCAUGGUUCUGAUUUUGCGUGUUGUACACCUUCUGUACAAAUGUUGUGUGUAGUGUAUGUAGCGGUGAAGUAAUUAGCCCCUGACGCGAGUUAGCCGGAACAUACUUCGGCUACAG